GUUCCGUGAAACCCCGUUGUUUUGCAUCAAGAAAAUGCAAUGGCCGCCAUCUUCGACUCUUGUGAAUGUUUUGGUCGUAGUUUCGAACUUUGAGGCCUAUUUCUUAUGUGCUAUGCAAUUACUUGAUGGAAAUAGUUUCGCUACGUUUUAGGAGUUGUUAAUUUGUCCUAGUACAGGAAACGAAAUAAAGUGACUUUCGAAUUGUUUUGUGGAACAAUGACCUCGACGGUCGUAUCCUAUUUGUGGACUAAAAAUAUUUUACCAAGAACAUUAUGGUGUGCAUCGUGCAUAUACCUGACGAUUUCGAAGAUAUGUGGAUAAAGAAUCGAUUUUCGAUUGCAGUCACAUGAAAUAAUUUUGGAGGCCGAGGAGCUCUCCAAGGCGUCAUCUCGGGUCUGACCCAAGAUGAUAGUGUAUACAGCAUGUCAAGUUCAUCAGAAUACGAACCAGUGGCCCGGCAAGAUUACGGGCCGGCCACCUCCAGUGAAAAUCCCUAUGAAAAUGUUUUGGAACAUAAAUUAACAGAUAAUAUGAGCUUACCCAGUGUAAGGACUCCUGUGCUGAGGGCUUUACCAUUAUCUUCUACUGAAGGUGAUCCAGAGCCUGAUUCAACUAAUUUUGAGAGUAUUAUCCAUUCAGUACACAAGGUAGACAAAGAAGUUAAAUAUCACAUUGCAGAAAAAAGGUGCAAUACAGACAUGGCAGUGGACUCUCUAUCUGGUUUAGUGAGGAUUGAAGAGACUAGUAUAGAUACAGUGGGGCGUAUAGCAUACCCCAUAUUACAAGAAGCUGAUGAUUCUAGUGAUGGAAACUAUGUUGAGAACUCCACUACGCUCAUACAGGCACCAUUGAACACUGCUAUUGUGCAGAAUGUUACAAAGUUACCACAAAAUUUUACUAUUAAUGUAGAUGCUGCAGUUGGCAAUAUUACAGCCAUACAAAAUGUGUCACAGGAUGUGACGGGCAAUCAGACAUUGUGGUUGCCCACUAUACUUACAACCAAUACAGCUGCUACAGACAGCAAAACAGAAGAUGACAGGCCACAAGCUGGUUUGUCACAAAUCAUUAUCACAAGCGAGAGUUAUGUUAAUGAAGCAAAUCAAGGAAGAAGAGCUAAUAUUGUUACGGAGACUAGUUAUAUAGGUCGUCCCAAGACUUCUAAAGUGCAAAUAUUAAGCAACAUAUCUAUACCGAAGAAUCCUACUUAUUCACAACAGUAUAUAACACAAGGGAAAGAGGUAGCCACUCCUGUAUAUGCCACACAAAACCAUGUAUAUAAAUUAAAUACUAAUGUAGUGUCUCAGAAACAUCUCAACAACUCUGUUCUGUGCACUAAGCCACCAAAGAGUCAAUCUCUGAUUGGGUGCUCAACUCUUUCACCAAAUGUGAUAAAUAGCAGUCCAAUUAAGAAUGUUUCAUAUAGUCAUACAUUUACGAAAAGCACAAAUAUAAGUAAGACAUUGAAUAAGGUUAACAAUGGUGCUAACUUAAAUGCUAUGGUUGCGGUUUCAUCAGGCAAUACUCAAUGCCAUAUUUUAUCUCGAGUUGUGUCUGGACCAAAUAAAAUGUCUGUACACUCUGGGAGAAAAGUCAAUACUUUUAAAGGAUCUAAAAACUCUCAAACUUCUGGACAAAAAAAUCAAUCUAGGCCUAUCAAAAUAAUUCAACAAGCGGGGUCAACUCAGAAAUCUGAGGCAAAGACUUGGCCUGUCGCCAGUGUCACGUAUAAAAGUCAACAGCCGACUUUCGGAGUCGUUGACUCGAAUACCUCCAAGAUAAUACAGAAAGUUGGUAGUCCAACACAUCCAACACAUAAAAAUCAGUCUAUGUCACUACCAAAAUUCCCUGCAAAGGGCGAGCGCUUGGUUCUUCAGUCACCAUGUGGUCCUGUCUUAAUUUCCACAGCUCCUAUCAGCACAAGCUUACCAAAAGGUCCUCAUUAUGUUCAAUCAGGGGCAACUCCGAAUCUGCGAUAUGUGCAAACAUAUGGUACUGCUGAUAAUCAGAUUUCAACAGUAUCGCAGGUUUCUGCAAAUCAGCAACUAACUGCCCAAAUACUACAAUCACUGUCACAGCCCAAGUUGAUGUUACAGCAAAGUCCUACGCCAGUUAAUCAUAGCUUGUCGACUUUAACGCCCCCUAUUGAAGAACCACUGGAUAUAAAACCUAUCAAUCAAAGAAGAAUAGUUUUUGGCGACAAAUCUACCUUGCUAACAGCAGAUGAUAUUAUUGGUAUGGAAGAAAGGCCAAACCUUUCUGAAGAAUUACGUCGUUAUUCAUUCCAACCACUGGCUCUUAUUAUGUUGGAUCACACUUAUGCACUGCCCGCUCAAAAACAACCUUCCACAUCGACUCCAACCACACCAGUUUCCAUUGCGCCACCUACAACAAUUGUGUCUCCUACUGUAACCACUUCACCUAUGAGUCCAAUGAAGAGGACUUCACCGGUAAUUAUGUCAACUGCUUCAUACGAAUUACCUGUAACAGUACCAACCACCUCAGUGGGGACACCUGUGCCUGUUGCUUCAAUGCAAGUAACUCCACUACCAGCAAAGCCUCAAACAAUCCCAGCACCUCCUCCUGAUGAUGAUGCUGCUUCAGUAAUUUCCUCUAUUGACGGUGACAGAAGACAAGGACCUAGAGGUGGGAGUGACACUGAAACCGCUCCUGAAGGCGAAGAGGAAGGUAAAACAAGAUGUAUAUGUGACUUUACACACGACGAUGGUUAUAUGAUAUGCUGCGAUCGCUGCGGUGAAUGGCAACAUGUUGACUGCAUGGGCAUUGACAGGCAGAAUAUACCUGAUGCGUACAUGUGUGAACUUUGUCAGCCACGACCUAUAGACCGCCGACACGCUCGUGCCAUACAGUUAAGAAAGAGGGAAGAAUUAAGUGCAUUAGGCGCGUCAGAUUCGGAUUCUUCAGAAUGCGGCCGUCUACCUGGACAGAGAAGGAAACGGCUACUUACUGUGACUACUUACACAAAUACUAGUGGUUCAAGUGUUACCACAUAUAAUUCAAACCUACCAGUGUUGCCACCAUUACCCCAACCUUCUCUGACAUUACCCAAACGAGGUCCAAAAAGACCAAAGAAACCAGAGGUUGUGAGAAAAGGUGCUAAACGGAAAUUAUCGGAAAAACGAGUCAAACGUAAGAAGGAAAUGUUGUUGAAUAGAAACAAAUACAAUUCAAGUAUGUCAAACCAAUCACAUUGGCAGGAUUCAUAUGAGUUAGCGGUGACAAAUCAUUAUAGUCCGGAAUUGAGAGCUAAGAUAAUGAAAUAUAGUAGUAAGUUAGGCAGUACGCCUAACAUGGCGUAUGCUAUGAACGCACACUUAUGCACUACAGUGCCUCAUGCGGGCGGAAAAAUCCUUAUAGCUACGAAAGAUUUGAAAGAAAACACACCAGUUAUUGAAUUGAGAGGAAAAUACAUGUUAUCUAAUCAACACAGGCCACAGCUUCAAAAUUCGGUAAGAGCCGGCAGUCAAAAACCGGGACCUUUUGUAUUUUUCUACAGAUUGCCAAAAGACAACACUCAAAUAUGUAUUGAUACGAGAACUUACGGAAACGAAGCGAGGUUUGUCAGAAGGUCUUGUAAGCCUAAUGCGGAACUACAGCACUGUAUUGUCAAAGGUACCUUACAUGUAUACUUAGUUACUAUUGGCGUUAUUCAAUCAGACACAGAAAUCACUGUUUGCCAUGACAGCGAUGGCGGCAAGCAGCCCUGUGCUUGUGGCAAUCCUAAACAUUGCAAAGUCAAUGGACUGAAUACUCUUGCAAGUAGAAAGAGCAUAGAGUACCCUGCCAGAGAAAAAAGGAGUAGGACAAGGUGUUUCAGUUCAUCGUCGCCCGUUUCACCGCCACUUGCACCUGUAGUGACCCCAACCAAAGAAAUUCCACCUCAAUUAGUGGCUGUAAAACCUGAAAAGUCACCUAUCAAACAUGAGUACCCCCCAAUGUCUCCCGUUAAAUCCGCGGUCAUGACGCUCAAUUUCGAUGAACCAAUCAAAAUGGAACCUUUGAUGGAAGAACCAAAGCCAGAAUUGGAUCUGACUGCAAAAGAAGAAAUGAAACCUGAGGAUAUUGACGAACCUGACUUCGUUAAAACGGAACCGAUUCCUGAAAUAUCUAUAAAAGAAGAGAUUCCACCUGAACCAGAAAUAAUACCCGACCCAAUUAUUAUACCGAAAGAAGAAGAAAAAGUAUUUGAGUCGAAAAUCGAGAGCGAACCGGUACUCUCUGAUGACGAAAAACUUGAUAAAUUUGAGGAAAAGAUUAUAAAAGAAGAAUUUAAAAUUGAGGAUGAUAAACAGAUAUGUAAAGAAGUCACUGCUAAAUCUGCCUGUCAUGAUAGAUCGUCGCGUUCCAGCAGGACCACUUGCGUUAAUCAAGAUUCAUUGGAUGAUAAAACUGAUGAUUCACAAGAUAAAGUGCAAACAAGCACUAAAGAAAAGGAUAAAAAGAAAAUGACUCGCGAGGAGCGAAAAAUGGAGGCCAUAAUGAAAGCUUUCGAGAGAAUGGAGAAAGCGGAACAGAGAAAGCAGGAAGUAAAAGAAAGGCAGAAAAGGAGGGAAUCCGAUCCUCACCCCAAUUCUUUAGAUAAAGAGGAUGAUGAUGACAUCAACAGUGUUAACAAGAAGAGGAAAAGACGCAAGGGGCGCGCUCGCACCGCGUCGCAGUCGAACCGGCGGCGGCUGAACUCGGCCGACAGCGACCUGGUGACGUCGGGCGACGAGGCCCCGCGCGGGCUGUCGCCGCCGCCGCAGCCGCCCGCCGCGCCGCUCGCGCCCCACGCGCCCCACGCGGCCGCGCACCUCGACAAGGGCAACGAUGCUGUGCCUGAGGAUCUUGGAUUGAGUUCCGCAUGUUUAUUGGUCGAAGCUGCUGUCGGUUCUGUUGAAUCGGCCUUCAAAUUACCCAAGACGAAGAAAACCAUGGCAACUGAAUGGAUCGGGCGGUCCCCUGAACGAACGCCAUCUCCGUACCGAUCACCAUACAGACCUUCAUUAGUAUCGGCUCCAUCAUUAGAAAACUUAGUCAGAGUUGCGUCAACUAUGAUUGGGGACCUUAGCGGAGGGCACGAUAUAGAGCAUGAUGAAGAUGCUCGUACUUCCCCCCCAAGAACCCCUGGUCGUGAUCGCAACAGACCCCCAAAGAAAGCUAAGCGAAUCACCAGGAGCACCCCGCCGGCCGAGGUGCCCGAAGUGGUUCCAUCCAUUAUGCCCCAACACAGUGCCAAGAAACGGUGGCUGCGACAAGCUAUCAGCGAAGAGAGCGAUUCACCAUCUGCAGACGUUUUUGUUUCAGAAUCCCCGCCCAACGAAAUGGUCACGCCAUUAAAAAAGAGAAGAUUAGCGAGAGAGUCUUUGUCAUGCGAGCAAAAUACUAUAGUGCCUUGUAAUGAAGAAACGUCGCCAGUACUGACUUCGGAAGAUUCGCCAAUCAAGGACGAUCCCUCCAUAACGCGGCAAUACAAAGUGCGAAAUAUAAUGGACAGUAUUUAUGGUAGAGAUAGGACGAGGUCGGAUAGCGGGCAGGGAUCCGAUGAUCAGUGUAAUAUGGACAAUGACGUGUUGAAUGUUAAUUUGAAAGGGCCACAUGACAGUGAAAAUAUUAGAAGAAUAAUUGGAGUUCCCACGCCAGAGGACGAGGUCCCUCCAGAAAUAUCCAGGACAGAUAGCAUAAUAAAAACAAACAAUAAUAAUGUAGAAAUAGAUGAGAGUAAUUAUACUAAAGUUGUACCCAUGGAAAUAGAUAAUACAAUACCACAACCGAAGAUACAAGAAUCAAUAGAUAGUAAUCUCGAUAUCAAAAGGAUAGACAGUCCCAAUGAGAAGCCUAACAGUUGCCAAUCUGCAGACACGAGCGGGAACUCGUCCCCGCAACGUGACGAGAUGGACGACAUACAGAAAAAAAUUCACUCAUUUCACACAGAAAACAUACAGAUUUUAAAAAGCAGAAAUAAAAAACCAAAGGAGAAACGGAAGAAAGUCAAUUUGAACUUUGAUUUGAACAUGGUCGAUGAUCAAAUCAGUAUACAGUUGCGUACAGAGAACGACAACGAUUCGAAGUCGCCAGAAAUUAAUGGAGACAUACAUGAAGACAUGAGCAAUUCGGUACAUGACGACGUCAAAUUCCACAUUUCUCCUGAAAAUAUACCAUUGCCUCCUAACGAAUCAAUACCUUUACCUGCACCGGAAAAUAUCCCUCUGCCCGAGGAGCCAUGUCCGAUGCCAAUUAUACCGCCCCCAGAAUCAAUUCCUCUGCCGGAAGGACCCAUGAAGCCAGCCAAGUCGUUACGGCCGACUUCUCCGUCCGUGAAGGAGGAUAAGUCUUUCUCCAAGGAGCGGCCAUCUGUGCUCGAAAACUCGACGCUACCGUUUUCGUCGCGUUUCAGUUCUACCGGACUGUUCUCCGGUAUAUUUAGCAACAUGCCUCAGUCGUUCAACAUGGACAAUCGAAUAAAUGAGAACGUGCCGAACAUGUCUAUAAUUAAAAGUGCAAUAGAUAGGACUACAAGUUUAGAUAGUAGUUUGUUUGACAAGGACAGUAUAACGCCGGCGGACGAGCUGAAGAGCGUCCAGGAGAUACUUACUCGCGUUAACAAUAUGGACUCUAAUAAUAGUGUGAUAUUGUCGGGGGUGUUAAAGAGUUCUAACAAGUGCGGGCUGUUGGCGGCGUCGUCGUCGUCGUCGUCGUCGCCUGCCAAGCCAGCCGCCAAGCCGUACUGCGCCAGGACCAACGACCCCAGACUAAACCCUCCGCCUGUUGAAAAACCAAAACCCGUUAGAAGGAAGCUCUCUAUAAGCGAGUAUCGCAAGCGGCUGAAGGGCCCGGCGGCCGAGGAGGCGGGCGCGGGCGAGGGCGGCGGCGAGAGCUGCGAGACGGGCGAGGCGUGCGAGGCGGGCGAGCCGGGGCCCGAGUGGUCCUCGUCGUCCGGCGGCGCCUCGCUGUCGCCGCAGCGCCUCGACGCGGCCGCCGCCGCCGCCGCCGACGACCUCGAGCAGCGCCUGCACAAGGAGCUCGCCGCCGACCACCUGCCCAAAGGCGUAUUCGACGCGCAACCGACGGCUUCGGAGAGGCAGCGAGAAAAUCUGAGCUCGCGGCUAAGGCGGGAGUUCGGGCUCGCGCUACCUGAUGACGAGGAGGCGCGGCCGCCCACAGAUAACUCCGGUACGGCUUGCCAUACGUGGGGCAAAUGGGCUCCUGCCGCCAUGGUCGCCGGUAACGUCCCGCACUCAACACUACCCGCAAAGAAAGCCCAUUGCUAACUCGAUGGGGGAAUCUGUUAACUCUAUGGGAAGGGCCGGCGGUGUCGAAGCGGUGCGACAGGUAGAGCCGGGGGCCGGCUGCUCGCCACACACUCGUUUGUAAAUGUUCGCCGCGAAUGUAAAUAUAGCGUUAAACGAUACUUUUGUUACGACUACCUAGCCCGUAGGUACAUUGUAAAUUUUCCCUUUUCACUUGUACGUUUUUAAUUUUUCACAGUUUCUCUGCAAGUACAAAUUGUUUUUAUUUCCCUUUGUAAAUAUUGUAUAUAGGAGAUUUAAGUUAGGUGGCCCGCUCGGUAUGGUAUAUAUAUAAUGGUAUGAGAGGAAUUUUUUAUAUAUGUACAAUGUUUAUCUGUAUCUUAUCGAUAUAUUUAUUUAUUAGCGGUCUAUCGAUAGAGCGUUUAGGGAAUGAUGGCUAGAAUUUUUGUACGCAUAAUGUUAAGUAAAUUAUAGUUGUUUUUAUUGUUUUAUGUUUUUUUUUCUAGUGUUUACAGGGGGUCCGAGGGCUCUCCAUAGGUACCUAGGUCUACUGUUAGUUGUUAGAACGUUUCACUUGUAGGGUUUAGAGAUGUACGAUAAAACGAUUAGCCAUUUUCUAGAGGUUAUCUUGUUAUACAUUAAGUGGAGCGUGUGCAAAAUGAUUCAACCAUCACAAACAAACUUGGCAGCUGGAUGACAUUGUAAAGGCCUCUUUGUACCCGAUGUUAUUAUCGAUAUUGUUGCUGGCAUUUUGGUUUGUGGAUGUUUUAAUUGCAUUUGUCUGACAUCCAUUAACGAAAAGGGUCGUUAGUGAAGCUUUUGUUGCAGCUUCCAAUUCUAAUUGCAAUCACUCGAUAGUAUAUCAGCCCUUGUACGUUUAGAAUGUGUAUAUUUAAGGCCCGGGUCGCUUCAAACCCCCCAUUCGUGCUAAUUUAUAACAUUGUAUCACUAAUUCUUUAUAUGCGGCGACUUCCUUUUACGCAGUAUCAUGUAAUUAUUCCUUACGUCGUGUUGUAUUUUGUUAGCCGACUCGCUAGCAACCAGAAAAUAUAGUCUUCCGCAUAAAAAGAUUUAAGUUGUUUGUAAUAAUGUGCUAACGUCUCGAAACGCGAGUUCAGCAUUUUGUUGUGAAAUUAUUAUUUUUGUAAAGUAUGCACAUUGAGUAUUAAUUUUGGCAGAUCUUUGUGAAUAUAAAGGUUUCUGGGCGCUUUUAAAACAAUAAAUGGUGUCCCGAAACUAAUUAUAAUUACUAGUGUACAGAUAAUUAUAUGAAAACUGUGAAGAAUCAACAACAGAAUCAAUUUUAGCUUUUCUAAAGCAACCACUUAAAGUAUGAAAUAUUAAGAAGUGAUUAUGAUCAUACAAGUGAUAAAUGUUAUAUCUUACAGGAAAUCGGCAUAAUUCAAACAUACAUAAUACAUAUUUACAAUCGUAUAAUGCAACGGUAAAAAUGUAAGUACUAAUAUAAUAUCCCACUAAAAUAAUUGAUUCUCGCCUCGAUGGUUUGCAGUUUUCUACUAAAUGAGUGUUUGCACGCGCAUACUAACAACGAAGUGAAAGUUGUGAACAAACUCGGGAUAAACCGAUAGGGUACAUACACCCGAUACCCAGUGAUAUAAUAUACUGUAGAACACGCUAUUGCAAAAUAUUCUGUUUGUUAUACAUUAAUUAUACAGAUAUUUGUGCGGGUAACAGCUUCGAAUUAAUGAAAUAUAGUCGAAGUAUUUGCAAAUAUUAAUUAAUGUUUACUAUAAAUUCCAGCAGAUUUAGGGUGAGCUAUAAUUGUCGUAAGUCAUUUGCACUCCAAAUGAACACGAGUAGUGUGAAUCAUGGUGAAUAAUAUAUUAUUAUUUGCAGAAUAAAGUUGAAAUAAUUAUGCAGUACAUAAAAUAUGUAAUGCAACAAACCAAAAAACUUAAAAUGAACUUAUAAAGGCCUCAAACGGAAAAUAAUUAAUUUAAAAUUUGGAAACUGUGUUAAUAUUGCAUAAUGCUUCUACUUUGGUCCUUAGUUCCUAGCUGUUAAAGGUCAAAUAAAUUUUCUUUCUACAUUUACCAUCAUGGCGAAAAGUAUUAAGUUAGCAAACAAGGUCUCCCAAGUUUUUUCCAUAUACUUAAUUGAAAUAUUUAAAAGGAGAAAUUCUGAAUAUUUAUUAUUCAGACAAAUGGAGACGAUAUUCUCGCUGUAAAUAUUAUGAUUCCCAGGAAGCGACGACACAGUUUGAUACACAUCACAAAGAUAAUAAAAAAUCUAAGGUUCUUCUAAAAUUGUGAAAACCUUUAUAAACUUGAAGAUCGAAAACAUGUACACUUUCGAUUGUAUACCAUUAAAUAAAUUAGUACUAUAAAAGCAAACAUAUCUAUAUAUUUAAACUAUAUACAUCACAGAAUUAGCUGCGACAUAUUGACGCCGUAGAAUUAAAUAGAUUCUGUAUAUUAUUAUGACAGUGCAGUAUUGCCAUAUAUAGAUAAAUAAUUUAAUUAAAUCCAUAGUGUCUUCGACGUCCCGAUGACCGAGUUUACGCAGAAUACGAUAAUAGUAAUGUAUAGCAUAGUAUUAAACUUUCAUUCUCACCGAAUAUUGCUUUAAUACCGUUAUAUACAUUUUGGUACCAUGUUGGACCUGGCCAUCGGGAUGUAUGAAAAAUACUUAAACAAUAUGGACUAUCGGCAGAUCUGAGUUUAAGCUUUUUACAAUAUAAAUUCAUGUAACAUAGGGUACAUUAACAUUUAUUGUUCCUAAUUAUAUUUUAUUGUAAUUUCAUUUGUAAGUCUCGCAAUAUUCUUUUUUAGAUUCCCUAACUUGUUGAGUAUGUGAUUAAAAAGUGGUAUUAUGUAAAUCUUAUCAUAUUAAUCUUCAAAAGUUUAUGAACAUGUUUCAAUACUGAAUUUCAUAAUUUGUAUAUUGCUUAACUGGCAAUAUGGAAGUGUAGUGUGCCAGAGUGAAUAUUCACGCAAGCUUAAUUAACGAUAUUUGGCCUAAAUUUUAAUGGUUCAGGAAAUCCAUCAUGAAAUUUAUCGCCGGGCCUACGUUUUAUAAAAUCAAUUCACAGCCUAUGUUGCUUGUAUUUUUAACUACGCGUCAUUCAUUUAAACAAAAUUGUUAAAUUAAGAUUACGUUCAUGGACAGCUGAAUUACACGUCCGUUUAAUCUUAUAUAUGGACAAAUUACUGAUUGAUUAUAAUGAAAUUUGGUAUCGUUUGAUAAUAUUGUUUGUAAGGCGUGUUGUGGUCUCAUUCCUGGGCCGUUGGUUGUAUUGUAACGAGCUGGUGAGUGCGGUUGCAAUGUGUAUUGUGAUAGUAGUGUAACUACGUGUUGUGUCGCCCAGUGUUUCACGCUCCAUCCCUAAAACAUUGCUCAAAAACUAACGAUUCCGCACAAUAUUCACACACAUAGCGGAAUCAUAACUUAUACAGAUUGUGUGCUUUUUGCUUAAAUUCUAAGAAUGGAAAAAUUAUAACUGGCUGCUUAUUUUUUUAAAUUGUUUGUAAAUGAAAGCCUUCACUUGAGCCAUCUAUCAUUUAAUUAUUGUUCUCGUCCAAUGAAUCACCACACUUUCAUGUGGUGAUUCGCGAGUGUGAUUGUCCAUGGAAGAAAUUGGUUGUGAAUAACAAGAAGUGUAUCAAGUUAAUCCAGUAUUACCUAUUACUUGUAUACAAUCAACAUUUUGUUUUCGUCGAAUUAUCUAUAAAUCCAGAGAAUUGUUUUGGAGUCGCUUAUUUUAUUAUUUUAGUGUCAAUUUACUCUAAAGUGUAGGGAAAAUACGUUUGGACGUUGCAAAUUUAAAAUCAUGUGUAGCUCUACACAAACUACAUUUUAGAUUUACAACGUCGGUUUUCUUUAUAUUGCUAGUUUCACGGAAUGUGUCUUAUUUACGGUAAAAAGUUCUGCGGAUCACCACACUCGUGGACAAAUUACUUAAUUGAAAAUUAGUCUUCUAUGCAUAAUCAUAAUGUAACUUAGUGUAUAGUCAAUUUGUUGCAAUAAUUCGCCUACAAGGCAACAUGCAUAGUUUUAGUAAAUUAUAUGAGCGUACAGAUGGUUUAACACAUUUUAUUUAAAACCACGAUUUUAUAAUAUUUUUGUAUUGUGUAUAAUAUGAGAAAGUUAGAUACUGUUUUUUGAUGGUUUUUAUAAGCCGUUCUAGGCAAAGGACAUCUUCGCAGCCGGUCUCGGAAGAUUCUUUGAGGACUGUAUUCUGUAAAUAUUUCUGAUUUUAAAUAUAAUUGUAAAUUUGUCGCUUAUUGUCUUGUUGUCGGAGUGUGGCGCGCUGUGACUAGUUACUUAAAUUAUGUACUAUUUAAAUAUGCCACGCAUUUUAAUUUCGGGCAAAGAAAUAUUCCUAUUAUGUCACAUAUAUUGUUGACAUACCGCCAUUUGCAAUAAACGAUCACACUUUUUUGAUCCCUCUCAAAA